AUGCAAACACAGAAGCCUAACAAUCCCGCCUCCACCACACUCCAGAUCCCUUUCCCUAGCCCAUACCGCAUCCCUUCUAUAUCAGAACACAGUGGCACAUUCAGCGUCUCCUUCAACGCAGGCAGAGUCAGACUACCCCCGUCGCUCAAUAGCAUCGUGGUUGGAGAUCUAGGCAAAGCUCUCGACAAAUGCAACCGCGCUGCGCUUGCAGCACACAACAGGCUGCAAACAAUACACAAGGAGCGCGAGCAACGCUACCGGAAACUAUGUCCGAACGACCCAGAAAUCUACAACAGUCACGCCAGCUCAGUCGACAGACUUUUCGCCUGGUGCUCCGAUCACGGUAAUGAGCCAUAUAAUCCGACCCUCUCGCCAGCGGCGAAGAUACCAUACUUCGGGACGACUCUGACGCUUGACCGGGAAGCUUACGCGGCAUGGUCUCGGAGCUAUAGAAGGUUGCUUAAGGACUUCGAAGAUACGGAAUAUAAAGGAUAUAACCUUGCGAGGAUGGAGUUUGAGACGAUGAUGUAUAUUGCUAGGGCGAAGGGAACCAUUUCAGCCGAAGCGUUUCGCGAGCUGGAUGUGUUCUGGAAGGACUGCUUCAUGCGUGAGAUGAAGAAGUGGGAAGAGGAUGCUUCUAGACAAUUGGCGCUUCCAACCUAUGAGAUCGUCACUCGAGAGGUUCUUGUUGCAGUGUUUAACAGGGUUGAGAAUGGGGAGCGGUUGGUACGGGAGUUGCAGGAGCAGCAGCUGGGGUGGAGUCCGACGCCCACUUACUGUGGCUAUUUUCCAGGGUUAUAA